GUGACGUAGGCGGAAGUAAACAACAACUGCUUCAAACAAACUUGGCACGGAGCGCAGCGGAGCUCUUCCAACAUGUCUGUCACCAACCCGAAACAGACGAUUUUAAACCCGGCGAUUCCCUUCGCUGGGACGAUCCUGGGCGGCUUGCUGCCGGGGGAGAUGGUUCUCAUCCAGGGCUCAGUGCCCAGUGACGCCGACAGGUUCCAGUUUGACUUCACGUGCGGCAGCAGCGUGAAGCCCCGAGCCGACGUGGCGUUCCACUUCAACCCGCGGUUCAAGCGCUCGCCGUGCGUGGUGUGCAACACGCUGCAGAGGGAGCGCUGGGGCCGCGAGGAGAUCCUGCACCAGAUGCCCUUCAGCCCCGGCGCCGCCUUCGAGGUCAUCGUGCUCGUCCAGAACGACAUCUUCAAGGUUGCGGUGAACGGCGCUCACCUCCUGCAGUACAAACACAGGCUGGACCUGCAGCGUGUCGACACUCUGGCCAUCUCCGGAAAGGUCAAAGUUGAAGCCAUCGCCUUCCUGCCCAGCCCCAGUGUAGUUUCCCCUCCAGCCAGCGGGAGCAGCAGAGACACACAGGUAACCAAGGUGGAGCUCUCGUCCUCCGGUGACUUGACUCUUCCGUUCAGAGGUCAGCUGCUGAAGGGUCUGGCUGCCGGCCACAUCAUCACCAUCAAGGCUCAGACCAGCCUCUAUCCUCACAGUUUCAGUGUGAACCUGCGUGUGGCUCAGAGCGCCGACAUCGCGCUGCACCUGAACCCGCGGCUGAAGGCGGGGCUUUUCGUCAGGAACUCCUUCCUGUCUGAGUGCUGGGGGCCGGAGGAGAGCGAGCUCGCCUGCUUCCCCUUCGCCGCAGGACAGUACUUUGAGAUGAUCAUCCUGUGUGAGGCUCAGCAGUUUAAAGUUGCCGUGAACGGGAUCCACCAGCUGGACUACAAGCACCGAGUCCAGGACCUGAGCCGCAUCACCGAGCUGGAGGUGCUGGGAGACGUCCAGCUGCUGGACGUCAAGCUGUGCUGACCUCCAAGCUCACACACACACACACACACACACACACACACACACACACACACACACACACGUAGCCCGAGCUACAGUCAGAGCUGGAAUGGAUAGAAAAGCAGAAGUGCAGUCCUGCCACGCGUUUGUUCUCCAGGCCUGGAAAUGUCCUGGAAAACAUCCUUACAAUUACCAACUAAAGUCUUACAUUUUAAAACAAUGAUACCCAGUUUAUAAGUUUUCUAAUCUUGAAAAUAAAAUUAGGAAAACUGCAAUGAAAAAUGAAUCUGCAUGGAAGUGAUCCUCGUCCGCUGAACAGAAAUUACAGGUCGGAUCUUUUCUGUCUGUUCCAGUUCUGUGUUUGAACCACUGAUCUAGAAUAUUCUCUCACAUAAAAUCUAAUAUAUUAAUAAUAUUAUACAGUAAAUACUCCAGUAUGCGUUGGUACAAAGACAAAGUCUCGUUCCAAAGUGAGAGACAGAUUGGUUUUGAAAAUGACACCAAGAGACAGGCUUGACGUUGGCCUGUGGGUUAAUGAAGCCCAGAGUGGAGGCUGGGAGGGACCAGCGGGGAUCCUGUCAGGUCAUAAACGUGACGCGGCGUCCCGACGCCUCGUCACGCCAUGCGGGAGCCUCGCCACGCCGUCCCGGCGCCUCGUCGCGCCGUCCCGACGCCCCGUCACGCCGUGCGGGAGCGAAGGUCGAGGUCCGGAAGGUUCCCGUUGGUCUGACAUGUUGGCGUCUUUUAGGAGGUUGAAGGGGAACAGCAAAUAAACUGAACUAACUUUACAUCUUUAUGAAAAAGUGACACCGUCACAAACACGCUCAGUUUUCUGAUCGGAGGAAUUAGUUUGUGGUUUAACAAACAAGUAAAAAACAGUUUGACUUUAGGAUUUAUUUUCUUUUAUAUUCCGGUUUACUUUCUGUAAUUAAUGUAAUUAAUGUGAUGCAGUAAUCUGAAGGUCCAAGCUCGCUUCAUCUGAACAAACUAUUAGCUCGCUCAUUAGCCAGCAGGCUAAUCAUAUUAUUGUUAACAUGCUAACGCUAGCUGCUACUUGUCAGUUAACUGAACAAAGUGUUAGCUCGCUAACAGCAGGCUAUCGUGUUACUGCUAACUCGCCAAUGCUAUCUACCUGAUAGGUUAGCUAAGUGCACGUGAACAAAGUGUUAGCUCGCUAACUAGCCAGCAGGCUAAUCAUAUAAUAAUGUAACUGUUACCAUGCUAACACUAGCUGCUAACAGCUACAUUAGCUUGUGUGCUAAUCAGAUGUGGAGGUGAGCUGAGCCGACACUGUGGCUAACCAGCUAACAAGCUAACAAGCUAACGUCAUCUAAUCACAAAGUCAAUCAGAAACAAAAAUCAUAUUAAUUUUCUCUCCCCAGCGGGCGUAACAGAAUAAACAGAAUGAUUAGUUUUUUCUUUGUUUUGAUGAUUUAGGGGAAAAGCUGUUGCUGCCUUCAGGGCCUCUGCUGCCUUCAGGGCCUCUGCAGCUGCUCGUUCCUGUUUCUGUCUCUCUGAUCAUUCAAGUCACAUGUUUCUCUUCGUUUACCGUCAUAAAACAAAACUGUGACUGUAAACUGAAAUCAGAGCCUGAAGCCUUUCCCCUCGCCGGCCGCUCUGUUUCCUCACAGACAUUUAUCUACAGACUCAGUGUGUAGAGAUUAUUUAAUGAACCCAAGACUGUGGCAUCAAGACAAACGUUAAGAAAUCACAAUUUUGGCUCGAACAGAAGCACAAGAACAUUUUUUUUGCAAGAGGCUCUGAGCUGCAGAGUCAGCAGUCUCCACUUUGCUCAGUAUUUUGUUGUUUCCCAAAGGGAGAGAGGUUUUAUAUUUAAUUCUCUCAGCCCGCAUGUUUAAAAGAAAAAAAAAUACAGAAAAUGGAAAACUUGUAUUGCUCUAAUGUUGCACUAGUGAAGCACACUGUUGGUUCACACAGAUUGUGACUCAGGAAUUAUCUGGUUCCAUUAAACAUCAUUCACACCGUGUCAGAUCUCAUGAAAUCAGCUUUGUGUCUUUGAGGUACGAGUCAGAGAGAAAACUGAAACAGUUCAGGUGUCAGGAUGCAAACUUUUGUAAACGUCCACGCUGCAGGUCAAUCCUUAUGAUUCCUCUGCAUGUUCAUGAUCAUUUUGAAGGAAACUGAAUGUAAUUAGCACUUUUCCUCCACCGUAAACACGAUGCAGCUCAGGCCAGCGUGUGCAGGAGAAGCUCUGUUUUUUUUUCUCGUGUUUGUCUUUAAACGCCGGUCGGAUUCGUUUUAGGAUGGAUUUCUGUUGUGUGCACUGAAACUACACGGACUCGCCCUUUAAAGCCGCACGAGGAAACACACAUCACACAUCACCGGCUGCAGAUGUCAGCAAACUACAUUACCCAGAAUCCUGUGAGUCUGUCGUGUUUUCUGUUUGAAAGUGGGACUCUGUGAUAAGUGUCUGACGUGAAAACACAUCAUUUAUUAUAAUGAGGAGAUUUAUCAUUUUCUUGUCAUUCUUUCAAAAAAAAAAAAUUUUGUUGCUAAUUUCCUGGUAAUUUUUUUUACUUUUAACUCAUUUCUUGCCAAUUUUCAAGUCCUUUUGUGCUACGUUACUCCCUGUUUUCUCUGCCAUUCAAAAGAUCAAAAUGUGUUUGAAGCCUCAUGGCGGCUCGGAUGUGUUUCUUUGCAGAUGAUGAUGAUGUUUAUGUGUUUAUUCAUGGAGUGUGUGUGUGUUGGUCUGUGUGUUCAGACGAAACGCCUCUCGACCAAACUGUCCCCGAGUUAUUUUAAUCACGGCUCUGCAGACUGAACACGCUAAAGACCAAAAACCCUAAAAAUAAUAAACUGUGUGUUAACUGAAAA